AUGGCUGUAGGCUGGUACAUGAGGCAGGUGAUAGAUGAAACCCUUCGAGUCUCAAUUCUUGCCCCGUACGCUGCCAGAUACCAAGAUUUUGACGUUACCCUAGGAGGUCAUGUGAUUCCUAAGGGGACACCUGUAGUUCAUGCCUUGGGCGUCUCCUUGAUGUCUGAAAAGUACUUUCCAAACCCCAAAGUGUUUAAUCCGGAGAAUUUCUCCACGGCUAGCGUGAAGAGUCGCCCUCGAAAUGCGUUCCAGCCUUUCGGUUUCGCUGGCCGCCGGGUGUGUCCGGGACAGCAAUUUGCCUACAAGGAAGUGGCCAUCUUUCUCGCGAUCUUCCUACGUGCCUUCAAGAUCGCCCUUGUCCCGGGUCAAAAACCGCAUCAUGUUCAUGGUCUGGUCUCGCAUCUUGUCAACAUAGAUGGCGGGGACGUCUGGAUUACAGUUGAAAAGCGUUGA